AUGUAUCCGCAAUACUCUCGUACUCAUCAGCCGCCCAUGAAACAUGAACCGCAAGUACAUGCAAAAGAACUUAUUACAGUUCGCCAUGGAGAAACACAUGCAAUGACACAAGGUAAAGUUCAAGGUGACUUAAACGGACCAGAAUAUCAUUUAAAUGAUAAAGGCAAAGAACAAGCACAAAAGAUAGCUAAUGAUUUGAAGCAUAAACAAGUUCAUACAAUCAUUUCGUGUGGCAAAGGACGUUGUACGGAAACAGCAGAUGCUAUCAAACAACAUCAUCCAGGCGCAUCUGUUUACCAUGAUAAUGAUCGUCUUAGAGGUACGGAUAUGGGUAGUUUGAAUGGGAAAUUGUAUAACGCAAAUACGUUUUCAGGUGAUUGGCGUUCACGGCACCCCGGGGUGGAAGAUCAAGGAAAAGUAACCGCACGCUAUACAGACGCUCUGAAAGAUGUCAUCUCUGGACAUGCUCAUCAGUCCCGAUUCAGCGGUAUGACACAUGUAAGUGGACCUGAAAAGCCAUCAACACCACGGCCAGGCUCUCCUCAUCGAACGGUGUUAGUUUCGCAUCAAUGGACGAAUGAUGAAUUGGCAAAGCUUACUCAUAACGGUGGCACCACGGCUAAACUUGGACCGGGUGUAGAUAUUAACAAGAAAGAAGCACCUGCUGGUCAUUCUGUGAUACACUUCAGCGAUCCCGAUUCUUAUCCACGUGGAUCAGACGGCAGGGUUGAACUCCAUCGCAUGCCCAAAGAAAAGGUUACAAUUGUCAAGAAAGGCGAUUAA